AUGGCAUGGUGUGUUGUCUUUUUUCCGGACGACAAAACUUAUGAAGUUAUACCCAAUAGUUGGAUACUUGAAGAGAAAGAAAGUUAUUUUCCUAACAUACAAGGCUUUAGAUUGUAUGAAAUUAUUAAAAAACGUCAGUCACCUGAUGAUGACUGGAACAUUUUUAGUGUGAAAAUUUUAGGUCAAUAUGAUGAUUUUACUGUUGCCCAAUCUCAGUGUGAAGCUGCCCGACGAGGCGAAGAUUUAACCAAAAGAGCAGAUAUUAAAAGUGACAGUAUUACAAAAGGAGGAAAAGGUUCCAGGGUUCGAAAGCCGAACAGCAAAUUUAAUGAAUUUACCAAUAUAAAUACCGAUGAUGAUGAGCUGAACAAAGUUAACCUAACAUUACCAGAACUUAAAAGAAAAGGAAACGAAGUUUCCACAUUGGCAAUGUGUGACUCUGAAAAUAAUACCAUAGUUAUCGAAAAUGAAGUGGAUAGCUAUUCAAAUAAUGCAGUACUUGUGGAGAACGUAUCCCUUAUCCUUCAAAAGCUGGAUGAACUUGAUGCUAAGCAAGAAGAAUUUCAACGGAGAAUGUUUAGGCAGCAAUUUAUAAUUGAAAAUAAAAUAAGAGAUGUAGAAAAUAAGCUUGAUAAAAUUAAUGUUUUAAAUGUGCCGCCCAAUCAAGAUAACAGAGACUAUGAGGAUGAUCAGCUGCUUGAAAUGUGGAAUCUGUUUCCAUUGGAUAACAAUGAAAAAAUAGAAACAAUGGAAAGUGCUCUCCUAGACAAAAAUUUGUUUAAAAGUUUGGCAAGAAAGUUUUCUUUAGUGGGAGGUGAAACUCCCAAAGACAUAACAAGAAGCAUAUUGUACUUAAUGUUGACAAAUGAAAUGGCUGCAAUGUACAGUUUCGAUGGAGCAAAAGGGAAAUUAAAGUUUAAAUCCCUAAAACUUUUUGAGCUUUUACUGGCCUCCAUCCGGAAAAAUCCAAAAACCACCAAUGCAACAGAAAACGAAAUUUUGCCAGAGUUGAGGCAAUGGUUGGCCCAAGCAAAAUUUAGAAAAAAAAACUCUGAUGGGUACAGCGACACGGAUUACCUGGAAACUUGGCAGGGCAUGGAGGAAUGCCACAAAGCAGGCCUGGCCAAGAACAUAGGCGUGUCCAACUUCAACAUCGACCAAUUGGAACGCUUGUCGGCCAACUGUCAGAUUCAGCCGGCCGUCAAUCAAAUCGAGGUUAAUCCUAACCUAACUCAGGUGGAGCUGAGGAAAUUCUGCAAGGAAAAAAACAUUGCCGUGACGGCGUUCUGUCCGCUGGGAAGAAAUUUGGCGGCGCCCUCUGCAACAGGGCAGCCUGUAAGUGCCACGAACGACCCUGAAGUGGCGAAAAUUGCGCAGAAAUAUAAUAAAACGACUGCGCAAGUUGUUUUGAGGUUUUUAGUAGAGAUGGGUAUAAGUGUUAUACCAAAAUCGGUGAAUAAGGGAAGGAUAGCACAAAAUAUCGACAUAUUCGACUUUAGUUUGACUGAAGAGGAGACAAAUUAUUUAAAUUCGUUGAAUAAGAAUAUUAGAGUAAGCCCGAUGAACAAUUAUAAGGACCAUAAGUUUUAUCCUUUUGAAAGAUAG